GAGGAAGUAGAGAGGAGACAUUCCUGGAUCUGGCAGCAGAGGAGGUAAUACGUAGAUGAACCCCUUCAGAAGGACACAAGGAUCUCUACAAGGACGUCAUGAUGGACAAUCAGCCGCCCCUCACAUCACCGGAUGGAUCCAGUCAUGGGAACCCACCAGAGAGAUGUCCCCGUCCUCUGUAUUCCCCGGGAUUCCACACAGGAAGGUCACACCAUCCCUCACCAUCAUCAGGUAGAUGAUGACAAUUAUUGGAACCCACCAGAGAGAUGUCCCCGUCCUCUGUAUUCCCGGGAUUCCACACAGGAAGGUCACACCAUCCCUCACAUUACAAGAGUGGAGAUCCAAUCGAUAUAGAAUUUGAGGUGAAAGCAGAAGAAGAAGAGGCGUAUGUGAGGGAUGAUCAGCAGUCUAUGGAGGAGGAUGGAAUAACGGGGACAUUUAUAGAGGAGGACACUCCUACAGAGAUCAGCACAGUCCAUGGCCGGGAGAUGAGGAAAACCUCCGAGGAUUGUCUCACUUUGUCUCCAGACUGGAAAGUAGAAGAUGAGGACAUCACACAGUAUAGUCCAGGAGAAACCCGGCUCCCUCCAAUGUCCAUCCGGCACCACCCAGUGUAGAUGGACCAUCGGAUUCCUCGUAUCCUGAGGAACCUCAGACUGUGCGGGACCGGGCCGGCCUUCCAACAGGGAAGAGCUUCUCUCUGUCCUGAGUGUGGGAAGGGUUUCCAUUCUAAAUUCCAAACUUAAUGUGCAUAAAAGAUCUCACACACAGGGGAAAAAACCAUAUUCCUGUCCUGAGUGCGGGAAAAGUUUUUCAGCAAAAUCCUAUCUUUACACACACCAGAUAUCUCAUACGGGGGAGAAGCUGCAUUGCUGUGCUGAGUGUGGGAAAUGUUUUUCACAUAUUUCCUACUUUUACAGACAUCAGAGAUCUCACAGGAAAUGUUUUGUAGAAAAAUCAAAACUUUUAACACAUCAGAGAUCUCACACGGGGGAGAAGCCGUAUUCUUGUCCUGAGUGCGGGAAAUGUUUUUCACAGAAGUCCUGUCUUUCCAUACAUCAAAGAUCUCACACACGGGCAGAGAAGCCACUUUGCUGUUCUGAGUGUGGAAAUGUUUUUCAAGGAAAAUACAAUCUUUACACACAUCAGAGAUCUCACACGGGGGAGAAGCCGUAUUCCUGUCCUGAGUGUGGGAAAUGUUUUUCAGAUAAAUCCAAUCUUAACACACAUCAGAGAACCCACACAGGAGUGAAGCCGUAUUCCUGUCCUGAGUGUGGGAAAUGUUUUUCAGACAAGUCCCAUCUUUACACACAUCAGAGAUCUCACCCACGGGGAGAAGCCACUUUCCUGUCCUGA